AUGGCGUCCAUGGACUUCGUGGUCCAGGUCCUGCUUCGAGUGAUGAUGAGAAGAAGCAUCCGCAGGCUGCAAGAGGUCGUUGACAUGGCUGUAGAGAUCGGCACGGCGGUCUUCGUGGCCGUGCGGGUCUCCGGCCUGGUCUUCCGCCGCCGGCUGCCGACGACGCCGUCGUCUUCGUCGUCGCCGUCGGUCGCGGGCGGCACUGCAACUACUACUACGACGUACUACUACUCCACGGGGGCGUCCCCCUUGAUCGGCAUGUCCAGGAUCGACAGGCACUAG